AGAACCACACAGUUGCCAUUGACCUAGCUUAGGAGAGAAGGGAAACCUAGAAACGGGCCAAUUCUUAAGUUCUCUUCCUUCCAGGGUUCCCAGCAAAGUGAUGGGUGAACCCUCGAUGACUGAACAGGCUCAAAAUGAGCACAACACCAACAACUUGGAUAUACUCUCUCAAUCCUACUCAUCACUCCUACACCACAGGCCAGAACAUGACAGACCCCACCAUCCUUAUGAGUCCCUUCACCUCAGAGGAGGCCAUCACCAUGGUGAGUCCCAGCAUCACAGAGAAUCCCAUCAAGACUUCCAUGAAAGUGCUUUUCCCCAUUCCCAUCAUGGUAAGGCUCAUCCUCAUGACAGAUCCCACCAUCCCACAUGCCUUGGUUGGGCUCACUCCUCUGCCAUUAUCCAUUCCCACCAUUCUUAUGGUGAAGACCACUUUGAUGAUGAACACCAUUAUGGUAGUACGAUACAACAUGGUGGGUCUCAUCACCAUACUGAGUUAUACCACCAUGUUGGGGGUCACCAUGGUGGGCCCCACCACCACACUGAGUCAUACCACCACGAUGGGCCCCACCACCACACUGAGUCAGACCACCAUGGUGGGCCCCACCACCAUGGCAGGCAUCACUACUAUGGUGGGCAUCAACACCACCAAUCCUCUGGUGUGUCCUACCAACAUGGUGAGACUUCCUACCUUAGUAGAUUCCAUUUACCUGGUGUGUUACCACACCCCGGUGAGUAUGGCCACCAUGGUGGGAUCCAUCACCAAAGUCCCUCUUACCGCCAUGAAGAUUCCUACCACUCUGGUGGACCCUACCAUCACAGUGAGGACUACCACUAUAGUGGGUCCCAGCAUCAUGAACCCCACCAACACAACAGACUCCAUCCUCAUGAGUCCCACCAUCACAGAAAGCAUCUUCAUCAUGGAGAGAGACUUCUCAAACAUCCCUCUGAGGAGUCCUACCACCAUGGCACACCUUACUUCCACGGGGAAAGUUAUCAUGGCAAUCACCGCUCCAGUGAGGACCACCAUGGUGAGCACCAUCACCAUGGAGAUCACCACCAUGGUGAGCACCACCACCAUGGAGAGCACCACCAUGGUGAGCACCACCAUCACCGGGAGCAUCACCACCAGGAGCAUCACCACAGUGCACAUCGUUAUGAUCAUCUCCACAGCAAUUCUUACAGGGACUACCGCAGGAGCAGCUCUCAACAUUUUGUCCCACACAAGCCCCACAGCAUAACUGACUCCACUCCUCAUCUAGAGCUCACCAAGAGCUUGCCCCACAGCAAGCAGUCCUACACUGGAGCUCGCUCACGUGGCUCUCUGGCCUCCAACAAAGUUCAUCCUCAGGACACUUCCUCUAAAGACUCAGAAAGCUGGUCUGAAGAUAAGCAAUAUCAGAGACAAAAAAGGGGCCGAGCCCAGCGGGCCCACAAGAAGCACGCUAUGAACAUCUUCCAACGGUUGAGUGAGAAAUUAAGAACCCUCCUUUGGGGCCCCUGGACAAUUAUCAGGAGUCUGACACAGUCCCUGGUCUUUGAAACCUUCAUCUUCCUCAUCGUCUUUCUCAAUAUCAUCAUGCUUAUGGCCCAGACCUUUGCAGAAGUCAAGAUCAGGGGUGAGUGGUACUUCAUGGCCUUCGACUGCAUUUUCCUCAGCAUCUACAUAAUAGAAGCCCUGCUCAAGAUCAUUUCCCUGGGCCUGCAGUAUUUUUAUGAUCCCUGGAACAAUCUAGAUUUCUUCGUCGUGGUCAUGGCCGUGCUGGACUUCUUGCUUAUGCAAGUCAACUCCCUCUUUUCCUUCUACAACCACAGCCUCUUUCGGAUUCUCAAGGUCUUAAAGAUCAUGCGGGCUUUGAGGGCCAUCCGGAUCGUACGGAGGCUCAGAAUCCUGACCAGCCUCAAAGAAGUAACAGGUACCCUGGUCGGCUCCUUGCUGUCCAUCAUAACUAUCUUCAUCCUCAUAUUUUCCUGCCUCCUGUUCUUCUCUAUGAUCCUGACACUGUUCCGAAGAUCAGAUCCCUGGCGUUUUGAGAACUUCUUCACCACCAUGUUCACUCUCUUCACCGUGCUCACGUUGGAUGACUGGUCCCUCAUCUACAUGGACAGCCGGGCCCAGGGUGCCUGGUACAUCAUCCCCAUUCUCAUGAUUUACAUCUUCAUCCAAAACAUCAUCUUCCUCAACCUGUUGACCGCUGUUCUGGUGGAUAACUUCCAGAUGGCCCUGCUCAGAGAUGAAGAGAAAGUGAAGCAGGAGAUGACUGCCUGGAUCCAUGAGAAGCUGCUGGAUGACUCCCUAAUGGAGCUCAAUCAAACAGAGCCUGAGGAGGUGAAGAGUGAGGACACCAUGCAGUUCAUGAAGAAGUUUGGGACAGUGACUGAGAAGCAGUGGGAGUUCCAGGCCCCAUUCCUGAAGCUGGUGGCUAGAUUGGAGCACCACCGGCAAAAGUUCUCUUCUGGAGCUCGUAUCAUUGAUGAGAUUGUUGACACUACAUUUAAAGUGAGCCAGAGGACUUCAAGAAGUGACCCUGGAGAGCAGCAUCAGGUGUAGACAUGAGCCUCUGCCAAGCUGUCUGCCAUGGUGGGUCUGGACAAGUACCCAACUCUAUUGGAUUGUUUGGACCCUUACCAGCCUGGCAUUACAAUAAAGUCUUAAAAC